GGGAAAUUUUGGGAAUGGGAUGGGGAAUGGACACAGAACCAGUUUGGGAUAAUGGGGAGAGAAGGGAAAUUUUGGGAAUGGGAUGGGGAAUGGACACAGAGCCAGUUUUGGAUAACGGGGAGAGAGAGGAACCCCUGGAAUGGGGAGCAGACCUUGACCAGUCUGGGAUAAUGGGGAGAGAGGGGAAAUUUGGGAAUGGGAUGGGGAAUAGAUGCAGAACCAGUUUGGGAUGGUGCGGAGAGAGCGGAAUUUUGGGGAUGGGGAUGGGAAAUGGGCCCUGGGGCCAGGAGUGGCCUUGGUGGACGCUGCAGGUGCAGCCCAGGGGUGGCCCCAGCAGUGCCCGCGUCCCCUCUGGGACGCUCUGGAGCCGCUCCUGGGGUCUCAGCCUCACCCAGGGCUGCCCUGGCUCUGCUUCAGGACUCCCGGAAUGCCAAAAUCGAGAUGUGACCCUGGGAGGAUCGCUGUGCCUGGUGCCGGAGCAAACCCCACAGAACUGGACAGAGAUCGACUGGAAAUGGGAAAUUAAUUCAGGAUCGUUCCAGAAGAUCCUGACAGUCCCCAGGGAUGGAGAUGCCUCCUAUCCCAAAGAUCCUUUCCAUGGGAGAGUGAAAUUCCAUCGGGGGAACCUCUCCCUGUGCAUCUCCCCGGUUCGCAGGGAUGAUAACCGGGUCUAUUGGGCUGAGUUUGAGAGCAGCCAAGGGAUUUCAUCCCGGUGCUUCCGAGUGUCCGUGUGGGACCCCGUCCCGCAGCCGGAGCUGAGAUCCCAAAUCCUGGAGCGGGAGCGGGGCUGGUGCCGCCUGGCCCUGCUCUGCUCCAGCCCCGGGAACGUCUCCUACAGCUGGGCCUGUGCCGGGGCUGGCCCGGGGCCGAUCCCGGGGCCGAUCCCGGGGCCGAUCCCGGGGCCGAUCCCGGGGAGCCCCUCCCGGCUGCUCCGGAGCCUCCCCGAGGGCGCGGAACCCCAAAUCUGCCUCUGCAACGUCAGCAACCCCGCGGGGUGGAGCGCGGCCCGCGCCGCCCUCACCUGCCCAGUCAUUCCAGAGAAUUUCAGCGACUGGACCCUGCUGGCCGUGGCCGUGGCCGGGGCCGUGGGGCUGGCCCUGCUCCUCGUGGGCUUCUGCUGCUGCUGGAGGAAGAGGAGGAAGAAUUCCCGGGAAGGGAGCCCCGGAACGCCCCCGGAGCAGGCGCUGACCAUCUACGCCGAGGUGGGAGAGAAGAAACCCCGCCAGGACCCCGCCAGGACGGGCGAGGCCACCCAGGAUGGAGCCACCAUCUACGCCGUGGUCACUCCCAGGACACUGGAGCACCCCAGGCACCAGGAGGAACCCGGGAAUUUCACCAUUUACUCCACGGUCCAGUUCGACCGGAGGCCUUCAUCCAUCAAGAGGAAGAGGCUGAACCGAUCUUUGGUCUCCACCGCCUACUUGGAGGAUAACGGGGGUUACAGGCGCUUGGGCUUCCCAAACCCCGCCGGCCACCAGCGCCCCUGAAACCCCGGAAUUCCCAUUCCCCGUGGAAUUCUCCUCCUGGAAACUCCAGCGGCCACUGGGAUCCAUGGGACAGGAAUAUCCAGAAAUUCGGGGUUUUUCCCCCAAAGAUUCAACCCCCAGCUGCGCCUUGGAGCGAAGAUUUGGGGAUGGAAAACUCCGGAAGGGAUGGAUUUGGGAUUGGGCCGGGGUGGGAAUUCUGUGGGGUUUUUAAGGGUUUGGAAAUUUGGGAAUUCUUUUUUUUUUUUUUUUUAAUUUUCUUGGUGAAGAGCUUGAAGAGGUUUGGGUUCACCAAUCUGAGUUUUUGGCCAACGCACCAAUUUUGGGGUGGGUUUGGUGCUGGGAGUUGUUUGCUCAUUUCCUGCUCAGAGAUCUGGACUAGGAGGAGGAGGAGGGCAAAAAAAGGCUCAAAACUUUAAAAGGUAUUAAAACAAUCUUUAUUUACUGUUAAAAUACUUUUUUUAUUUACUGUUAAAAUACUUUUUUUUAUUUACUGUUAAAAUACUUUAUUUACUGUUGAAAAUAAAAUAAUAGGAAAAUCAGAA